GAUCUCGUUUUCAAAAUUUGUCCCCGUAUUUUAGUUAUAAUAUUUUAAAGUUCACGUAGCUUGUACAUAAACUCUAAAAUAUCUUAACAUUUCUCAUUAUACAAUUGUCAAAACAUUAAAAAUUUGAUAAAGUUUAAGAUAUUUUUUUGGAAAUCUUUAAAAUUUAAAAUAGAAAAAAUUUAAAUAGUAUGAGUUUUUUCCACUAAGGCGAUUUUUAGUAAAAAAUUUUGGCAAGUAUUAUUUUCGGAUAAUUUUAUACAGCACAAAACUGCAACAUUUGUUACUGCAAUAUUGCUGAAAUGUUGCUAUUUGCUGUAAUAUUGCUGGAAUGAUUUGUGAUCUAUGAAAUAGCAAACAAAAAUGGUUUUGAAUUUUCAGGAUGGCAAGUAAGAAAGAAUGGCGGUAAUCACGCAGAAGUAACACGUUGCGAUUACAUAAAACAAACUUUCUGCGAAGAUGUUCCGGAUUAUCCUCAAGAAUUUGUAAAUCAGAUGCUCGCCAAGAAUUCCAGCUUAUUGCAUUACGCGUACGAGGAUGUUAUUGCUCUGUCACCGCGAUUAGAUAACGAAGAGGAACCACUUUGCCUGUCUAUGGAGCGAUUAAUUCGUCCAAAAACGGCUAUAAAUGUGAAAAAUCAGUGGAUGUACAUUGUUCAAGCAGGCAAAAAUUUCUUUCAAAGUAUUCGCAUCGAAGCUUGUAAAGAACAAGAUGGUAAGUGCAGAAUGAUCGAUAAUUUUGCUGAAGGAUACGUCACGAUGUGCAAACAGAAGUAUAUUUAUCGCGAGCUGUCAGCCAUUUCUGAGGGUGGCGAGAUCGUUCGCGAUUACUUCCGACUUCCUGCGAGCUGCUGUUGCCAUGUUCAGUUUCAAGCCAUUGAAGAAAAAGCGAGAAUAAGAUCGAUUUCAUAAGAUAUCUUCAGCCUUAUACGAAAAAUGUAUAAGAAUAUAUUUAAGAAAAUAUUUAAGCACAUUUAAAUGUUUCUAAGCGUUAUUAUUUGCGUGGAAAUAAAUAGUUGGCCAUCAGAUUUCUUCGACGUAUCCGAAAAAAAUGAUAGCUUUUGUUUGUACUAAGAUCCUUGCAGAACGUUGUACGCUGAAUAAGAUAUUUUGAUGAUCUAAAAAAAUGAAAAUUAAAAAAUAUUAUAAUCAAGAUAUAAUUAUUUUAUAUUUAAUUAAAAACAUUUUUAACCCAAAUAUUAU